CGUGUGCUGACCUUCUCUCUGCUGUCAGUAACUGUGUGUCACCACUAGAUGGAGACAUAACCACACAUUCACUUUUCAAUCUGAAAAGAAGAAAUUCCUAUUUUGUCGUCAUCUUGCAAGUUUAAACCCAAACAUCAUCAUUACUGCAUCCAGGUGAUGAUGCGGGAACAGGUAAUGUUAGGUUAGAUGUUAGUUUGUUGGUUAUCAAGGCUUCCUGCACACAAGUCUUUUAACUCCGGAGUCUGAGAGUGAUGUCCAGGCUCAGUCCGAGCGGUCUGUCGGUCUUUGUCUCGGUGUGACCCUGAUGACAUCACACGGCCAGGCCUCCUGGGAUGAAGAAACACAAAGCUUGAUAAGGGUCACACACACUGAGCCGCGAGCAGAGCGCUCUGAUCUCUGCAGCAGUCCUGUGGUUUGGAUGUCCGCCAGCAGCUGCUUUCACUGGGAUUUUCUGGCUUCAGCAGGAGGAGACGGUAGAAGAUGUCAGACAGGCAAGUGACGCUUGAACUCGGGCUGAACGGAGCCUCAAAGCACCAGGCGGCAGGUUCGGGCCACCCGCGGCACGGCGCCACCGUCAGCUUUCACAACAUCCACUACAAGGUGACCCAGGGAGGAGGCUGUCUGUGGCGGAAGAAGACCACGACCAAAGACAUCCUCAUCGACCUCAAUGGGAUCAUGAAGCCGGGUCUCAACGCCAUCAUGGGAGCGACAGGAAGUGGCAAGUCGUCGUUCCUGGAUGUUUUGGCAGCCAGGAAGGACCCCGCAGGCCUGACGGGAGAGGUUUUGAUCGAUGGCGCUCCUCAGCCUCCGAACUUCAAGUGUCUGUCUGGAUACGUGGUGCAGGAUGACGUCGUGAUGGGAACGCUGACCGUCAGAGAGAACUUAAACUUCUCUGCGGCGCUGCGACUCCCAGCCGCCAUCUCUCAGGAGGCGAAAGAACAAAAAGUCAACAAACUGAUCCAGGAGCUGGGACUGGACCGCGUGGCCGAUUCCAGGGUGGGCACUCAGCUGAUUCGUGGGAUCUCCGGCGGCGAGAGGAAGAGGACAAACAUCGGCAUGGAACUCAUCAUCGACCCGUCCGUCCUCUUCCUGGAUGAACCAACCACAGGCCUUGACGCCAGCACCGCUAACUCAGUGCUACUGCUGCUCAAGAGGAUGGGGAACCACGGCCGCACCAUCAUCCUGUCCAUCCACCAGCCCCGAUACUCCAUCUACCGCCUGUUCGACAGCCUCACGCUGCUGGUCAACGGCAGACAGGUUUACCACGGUCCGGCACAGAGCGCCCUGGAGUACUUCUCAGACAUUGGAUACACCUGUGAGCCCCACAACAACCCCGCCGACUUCUUCCUGGACGUCAUUAAUGGAGACUCAACCGCCGUCGCCCUCAACAGAGUGGACGAUGACGAAGUUAUUUAUGAAGAUCCAGACGCAGACUCCGUGUCGAGACGGGGAAUCGAGGACAAACUGGUAGAGGAAUACAGAGCCUGCCACUACUUCAAACAGACCAAACUAGAGCUGGAAAGGAUCGUUCACGGUAAGCAGAAGAGCACCACUGCCCCCUCCAGAACCAUCACCUACAACACCGGCUUCCUCACCCAGUUCAGAUGGGUUCUCAAGAGAACGUUCCGCAACCUCAUACUCAACCCUCAGACCUCCAUCGCUCAGCUGGCGGUGACCUUGUUCCUCGCUCUGGUCGUAGGAGCCAUUUUCUUCAACGUUAAGGAGGACCAAAGUGGAAUGCAGAACAGGUUUGGUGCCCUCUUCUUCAUCGUCGUGAAUCAGUGCUUCAGCUCGCUGUCAUCUGCUGAACUCUUCAUUACGGAGAGAAAACUCUUCACUCAUGAGUACAUCAGCGGCUACUACAGGCUGUCUGUGUACUUCCUGUCCAAGAUCCUGUCUGACAUCAUCACGCUGAGGACCAUCCCCGCCAUGGUCUUCAGCUGCGUGGCGUACUUCAUGAUUGGUCUGAAGCCGACGGUUGAAGCCUUCUUCCUCUUCAUGUUCACCGUGAUUCUGACUGCCUACACGGCCACCUCCAUGGCUCUGGCCAUCUCCGCCGACCAGACGGUGGUGGCCAUCGCCAACAUCUUCAUGACCAUCACCUGCGUCUUCAUGAUGAUCUUUGCAGGUUUGCUUGUGAAUCUUCCCUCCAUCGUCAGCUGGCUUGCCUGGUUGAAAUACUUAAGUAUACCCCGAUAUGGACUCAGUGCUCUGCAGAUUAAUGAGUUUAUCGGGCUGGACUUCUGUCAGGGGUUAAACAGCAGCACGAUUCCCCCUGGACUCCUUUGUACCGGGGAGGAGUUUCUGCAGCAGCAGGGUGUGGAUUACUCCACCUGGGGCUUCUGGCAGAACCACCUGGCUAUGGGUAUCAUGACCAUCUGCUUCCUCACCAUCGCUUACCUCAAACUGCGCUUCAUCAGGAAGUUCACCUAAGCCUUCAUGAGCACCACCACCAUGAUAAUGUAAUCCAAGACCUGGGACUGACGGUGCAGCCGGCAGCUCAGGCCUGUUUGUAUAUCCGGAUGGUUAUUGUAUUUUGCAGGCGUGCUUUGUAAUGUUCAGUCCUAACAGGGUUCGUUUGUUCGUUUUCAUUUACAGCUGAUUCGAGUGAUGAUAGUAACCUUCCAGAUCUCUAAUCUGGUCACUUGUUUGUAAAAUAAAAUAUUUGUUGUU